AUGGUGCGCUGAACUAGAUUCUUCGAUGUCUUCUCCAUCUCUUUCUGUAAAAGAUCUUCAAGAUUUAUGGAAAUCUUUCUUUGACGGUAUUCAAACGUUAUGCGGUGUUAUUUGUGGUCAGAUCAAAUCUUGUUCAACCCCUUUUCAUCCACCCACUGCUCAAGUGGUUCAACGGUGCCAAUUCUUACAACUUAUCAAGAUAUUCGGAUUAAUUGUCGAUUGGUUAUUGGAAUUCGGCAUUAAAAAUGCUACUAAUUUGUCUCUUUAUUCAAGAAUUCAUGUUAACCUUCAUAUUUUAAACAACUCUGGCAAUACAAAUGCCUUGUCUGAAACUAAUAUUGAUGAUAUUUACAAUUUGAUAAAACGUGUCGUUUCACAGUUCGUAUGUGAGAAUUUGAUUGGUGGUGAAAUUUUAUUACAACAUCAUGAUGUUACCAGUGACAAAAAAAAUACGUGUGCCGUUUGGUGGAUUCGUUAUUUUUAUGAAAAUCCCUGGAAUGAUGGAAAUAAUCGUAUUCGAUGGAAUGGUGAAUGCUUACAUUCUUUAACACAUCUAUUAGAGGUUGUGUCUAUAAUGUUAGAAGUUCUUGGAUCAAAAAUUUCACGCCUGAAUCAAGAAAUUUCUCGAAAUGAUUUGAAUGAAAAGAAUCUUACAAACUUAACCAUACUUUGUGAUUUACUCGUAAAACUGGAUCAAUUUAUUAUUAGAGCUCUUGACGAGGUUGUGAUUCCUGUAGUUAUGGUUCAUCUUGACUUCCAAACAACCAAUAGACCUACUAAUUAUGUAGUAAUAAAUGAUCCUAUUAUUUUAGAGACUUUAAUUAUGUUAACAAAGUUGUUUACUAUACCCUCGGCUUUAAAUGUAAAUAAAAAAUCUGAUAAUAGUUGCUGGAGAAAACUUUAUGCAAAAAAAUUGG